ACACGUGGCUUUGUCUCUCUUGGUACUUAGCAUCAUGGACACAGACCUGUAUGAUGAGUUUGGGAAUUACAUCGGGCCAGAGCUGGAUUCUGAUGAUGAUGAUGAUGAACUGGGCAGAGAGGCCAAGGAUCUUGAUGAGCUUGAUGAUGACGACGACGACGAUGAUAUAGGAGAUCAUGAUGAAGAUCAUCCUGGAAUGGAGGUCGUACUGCAUGAGGAUAAGAAAUACUAUCCAACUGCUGAAGAGGUUUACGGACCUGAAGUAGAGACCAUAGUGCAGGAGGAGGAUACCCAGCCUCUCACUGAGCCUAUUAUUAAACCUGUGAAAACCAAGAAAUUCUCCCUGAUGGAGCAGACGUUGCCUGUCACUGUGUAUGAGAUGGAUUUCCUGGCAGAUCUGAUGGACAACUCUGAACUGAUUCGGAAUGUGACCCUGUGUGGGCAUCUCCACCAUGGCAAGACUUGUUUUGUGGAUUGCCUGAUAGAGCAGACGCACCCAGAGAUCAGGAAGCGCUACGACCAGGAUCUUUGCUACACUGACAUACUGUUCACGGAGCAAGAGAGGGGUGUUGGCAUCAAGAGCACCCCAGUGACUGUGGUUCUACCAGACACCAAGGGGAAAUCCUUUCUCUUCAACAUCAUGGACACCCCAGGCCAUGUGAACUUUUCUGAUGAGGUUACUGCUGGCCUUCGUAUUUCGGAUGGAGUUGUGCUUUUCAUUGAUGCGGCCGAAGGGGUUAUGCUGAACACAGAGAGGCUGAUCAAGCAUGCAGUGCAGGAGAGGCUGGCAGUGACCGUGUGCAUUAAUAAGAUAGAUCGGCUGAUCCUGGAACUGAAGCUUCCCCCCACCGAUGCCUAUUACAAACUCCGACACAUAGUAGAUGAGGUCAACGGCUUGAUCAGUAUGUAUUCCACCGACGAGAACCUGAUCCUCUCCCCUCUUCUGGGGAACGUCUGCUUCUCCAGUUCCCAGUACAGCAUCUGCUUCACGCUUGGCUCCUUUGCAAAGAUUUAUGCAGACACAUUUGGAGACAUCAAUUACCAGGAGUUUGCAAAGCGACUUUGGGGUGAUAUCUACUUCAACCCCAAGACACGAAAGUUCACUAAAAAGGCCCCGACCAGCAGUUCCCAGCGGAGCUUUGUAGAGUUUGUCCUCGAACCCCUGUACAAGAUCCUGGCUCAGGUGGUUGGUGAUGUGGACACCACCCUCCCCCGCACUCUGGAUGAGCUGGGCAUCCACCUGACCAAAGAGGAGCUGAAGCUAAACAUUCGACCCCUGCUAAGGCUCGUCUGCAAGAAGUUCUUUGGGGAGUUCACAGGCUUUGUGGACAUGUGUGUGCAGCACAUUCCCUCCCCAAAGGUGGGCGCCAAGACCAAAAUCGAGCACACCUACACCGGCGGCGUCGACUCAGACCUGGGGGAGGCCAUGAGCGAGUGUGACCCUGAUGGUCCACUAAUGUGUCACACCACGAAAAUGUACAGCACAGACGACGGGGUUCAGUUCCACGCCUUUGGCAGGGUGCUGAGUGGGACCAUCCAUGCAGGUCAGCCCGUGAAGUUACUGGGAGAAAACUACACCUUGGAGGAUGAAGAGGAUUCCCAGAUCUGCACUGUGGGACGGCUCUGGAUCUCAGUGGCAAGAUACCACAUAGAGGUGAACCGGGUCCCUGCCGGCAACUGGAUUCUAAUAGAGGGGGUGGACCAGCCCAUUGUGAAGACUGCAACCAUCACAGAACCUAGAGGCAAUGAGGAGGCUCAGAUCUUCCGUCCAUUGAAGUUCAACACCACGUCUGUCAUCAAAAUAGCCGUGGAACCUGUCAACCCUUCGGAGCUCCCUAAAAUGCUGGAUGGCCUGCGAAAAGUCAACAAGAGCUACCCGUCGCUCACCACCAAGGUGGAAGAAUCUGGGGAGCACGUGAUCCUGGGGACGGGGGAGCUGUACUUGGACUGUGUGAUGCAUGACUUACGGAAAAUGUAUUCAGAGAUUGAUAUCAAGGUUGCUGAUCCAGUUGUGACGUUCUGUGAGACUGUUGUGGAAACUUCCUCCCUGAAGUGUUUUGCUGAGACACCCAAUAAGAAGAACAAGAUCACGAUGAUUGCUGAGCCACUGGAGAAGGGGCUCGCGGAGGACAUUGAGAAUGAGGUGGUCCAGAUCACCUGGAACAGGAAGAAGCUGGGUGAGUUCUUCCAGACCAAGUAUGACUGGGAUUUGCUGGCUGCCCGCUCCAUCUGGGCCUUUGGGCCAGACGCCACUGGCCCAAACAUUCUGGUAGAUGACACGCUGCCCUCAGAGGUGGAUAAGGCUCUGCUGGGCUCUGUGAAGGACAGCAUCGUACAGGGGUUCCAGUGGGGCACAAGGGAAGGGCCCCUCUGUGAUGAGUGUAAGUAA